CUCCUGUGGGCGGCGCUGUGGGACUGCCGCGGCAGGAGCGCGCGUGAGCAGCUCCAUCGGCCGUGGACGCAUCGUGCUGCAGGUGCGCGCAGCGGCGGGAUGAAGGCCUCUCUGUGAAGCAGAAUCUUCUCCUCGGAGCCAUGAGCCGGGCGGCCGCCGCUGCUGUCGCCGUGUGGCUGCUGGCAGAGUGUGUGGAAGCCAAGAAGUCCUGCUGGUACCUCAAGGGCAGAUAUCCCUUCCAGUUCAUAUGUCGCUCUUACGAGGACUGCUGUGGGACCCGCUGCUGCCUCCGGGCUCUGUCCAUCCAGAGACUCUGGUACUUCUGGGUCCUGCUCAUGAUGGGGGUGCUGUUCUGCUGCGGGGCGGGCUUCUUCAUCCGCAGACGGAUGUACCCCUCACCUCUGAGAGACGAGCCUGCUUUCAACGUGUCCUUCACCAGACACCCUGUGUCCACGCCAGUUUCCCAGCAGCCCGGGAGCAUGCAGGGCUUCGGGGUCAACGGGGUGACAGCAGGUGAGGCGGGGGCCGCCAUGAUUCACCCAGCGUACCCCGCAGCGCCCGGCUUCACCUACAUGAUGAAGAGUCCCUACCCUCCACCUCCGUCCUACUGCAGCCACCCCCCACCCCCCUACGAACAGAUAUUUCAGAGCACAGACAAGAAGUAGAGUCCAGAGGAGCACCGAUCGGCGAUUCACUUCAUGAGGACUGGUGUGUGGAGAAGAGAAAAGGCUGACAGCACUCCACCUCUGUGUGAUAAAAAACUGAUGCUAACGUCCAGAAAAUCUUCUCUACGAUUUUUUACAAGUGGAUCAGAGAAUGUGCAUCAGUGUCAUGUCUCCAUGUUUGGGGCGUAGCCAUGCUCCUCCCGCCUCAUUUCUAAUAGUGGGAAUCCCUUCAGGAUGUCAGAGUUCCUCACUCUGUUCCUUCAUUCCUGCAGCAGCAUCUUUAGAGGACUCAGAGAUGUUUCAAAAACAUGUUUCUGCUUCUCUUUAAUGACAGGUUUCACCCGAAUAAAGGAGAAUACAUCACUACCUUCAGACUGUCCUGUGCAUGUGUAGAACAGCCUUAUGGAAUCCGUGCAGAAAGAUCCAGCAGGACUCACCCAACAGCCAGAAGAAUAAUGGCUGAGAGAGGGUUACAUCAGUCUGUUUCUACGGGGGGAGAACGCUCAUUCAGUGUGAGGGGACGCAUGGAGCUGUCAGCAGGAGAGACGUGCACGACACCAUCACCACUCCCUGCUGAGCCUGCACAGACUCUCUGCUUGUGUUUAUCCCACAGAAUGUAGAAAUAAACAAACUGCUAGCUUA